AUGUCAGUAAACGUAACCACAUAUCGCUCGCCCCCGGACGACCUCGUCGCCCUCCUCGGCACGCACCACAUGCCGCACGCGCUGCCCCUGCUGCGGCGCCUGCGGUUCACGCGGUUUCCGGGGGGCAUCACGGAGCACGCCCGGAUCCUCUUCGCUUCCGCGGCGUCGUUGUCGUCAGCUGCGGAGAACAACAACAACAACAACAACAACAACAACAACAACAACAACACGCCCUGCGCGGCUGCCUACGUCGAUCUAUCGCGCGACCCCGAGACCCAGGUGUGGCUCUACUGCUCGCUGGAGCGGCAUCCCGCGCACGCUCCCGCUUCGCCUUUUCCCGGGCUGUCGUCGGGGCAAGAAGAAGCCGAACCAGAAGCCGAAGCCGAACCAGAAGCAGAAGCAACAGCAACAGCCUGCGCGCUCGCCAUCCUCCGCUCAGUCAAACUCCUAGCCUCCUCCCGCAGCUUCGCGGGCCCCGUGCUCGCCGGCACGCUCAGCGAGGCGACGCGCGUGGCCCUGCUGCGGCGGGGCGUGGUGUUCACGGGCGUGGGCAUCUACGACAAGUGGCUGUUCCGCGCGGACCGGCUCCCGGCGGCGCCGGGCCCGCUGGCGGGGGACAUGCGGUGGGACCGGUUUCGCAGGGAGGACAUACCGCUGCUGCUGUCGCGGACGAGCAUUGCGCGGACGGAACGAACGCUGAUCCUCGUCCCAACCAUGGCCAUCUACCGCUCCCCCGACACGCCCAUCGCGUGGGCGAUCCUCGGGCCCGACUCCGCGCUGAGCAACCUGCACUGCGAGGAAGGGUACCGGCGGAAAGGGCUCGCGAAAGCGGUAGCCGUGCGGCUGCUGCGCGAGCGGCUGAGCGAGUACGACGACUCGCCGUACUGCUGGGCCGACGUGGCGCCGGAUAACCUCGGCAGCCAGAACGUGUGUAGGAGUUUGGGGGGGAGGGUGGCUUGGUCGAUAUCGUGGAGUAGGAUAGACUUGGACAAGAGCUUUCCGGACGAGUAA